ACACACGCCCCUCCCCUUGCCUCAUCGCCAUCGCACACCGUUGCAUGCGAGGCAGGCAUCUCUAGUUGCAGCAGGUCCACUCACACACCGUGCGUCCAAGCAACCACUAGUCUACUACAAGGCGUGGCAGCUGCCGCCGGAGCUAGCGCGCGCAGGCAGAGCACGCCAUCGAAUCCUCCCACCCAGCGUUUACCGGCCGGUGGCGGCGAGAUGUCAACCAGAGCGCGUGGCGGCGGCGGAGGGAGGCAGUUCCCGGUGGGGCGGCGCCGGUACGUGCCGGUGGCCGACGCGGGGUGCGGGUGCCGCCCGCGCCGGCCGAGGCUGCUCAGCCUGCCGUGGUUCCUCAAGCCGUGCCGCCAGCUGAGGGGCGGCGGUAACGGUAAGGCGGGCGGCGGCGGAGAGCAGUACUCGUGCGGGUCCACCUCCACGGCCUCCUCCUCGUCGUCGUCCGCCGCCACGCGCAGCACCGGGUACUCGUCGGCCUACUCCUCCGACUACUACCAGCAUCAGGCGCCGCCGUCUCCGCUCACCAAGCAUCGGCCGGCGUCGCCCGCGCGCGCGGGAGCGCCGCCGGGCAAGAGCUCGCAGCAGCUGAAGGCUAAUAAGAAGGCGAGGAAGAAGAAGAGGCACGAGAAGACGACGGGGGGAGGCAAGGAGGCGGCGGCCGGCGCGGGCGUGGGCGUGGCGGUGGAGAAGGAGUCGUCGGACCCGCGCGCCGACUUCCGGGACAGCAUGGUGCAGAUGGUGGUGGAGAUGGGGCUGUGCGACUGGGACGGCCUCCGCGGCAUGCUCCGGCGCCUGCUCGCCCUCAACGCGCCGCGCCACCACGCCGCCAUCCUCACCGCCUUCGCCGAGGUCUGCACGCAGCUCGCCGGCGCAGCGGCCGCCGCGGCCGGGCCUCCUCCUUCUCCUCCUCCGCUCCAGCAGCAGCCGUCGCCGCCGCCGGCGUACGCGUACUACCACCAGUACCGGCGCUGACGAUGGCAGCGCCCAGACCACCCACCCACAGGCCACACGCCACAGCUGCCUGCUUGUUGAGAUCAUCCUGGCACCACGCCAUCCACCACCUGCUGGCUGCUGCUGUUGUAACUUGUAACGGACCUGGUGGUGACACGACCUCUUCUCAGAGGAAGUUGCAGCAGGCAGCAGCCGCAAGUACUAAUUGACUAGUUAAUCAGGACAUUAAGCUAAUAAGCAUGUAUAGUAAUAUUAAAAUAAAGUGAGUGGUGUGCUACUGUUAAUUAGACGAGUACCAGCAGGUUGUCCAUCGAUUCCAGUAGUUGAGUGAGUUGUUGCUUUAUUUUGGUUUGUAUGCAUUUCCUAGUGUUGAAUUGUAGUACUUCUUGCAGAGUAGUGCUCCCUAAUCUACAGUAUGAGAAUGAACGAAUAAUCCAGUGAGGACUACUUGUGUGUGGCCUUGGGUUUUGCAUCAAGGUCAUCCAUCCAUAGACCAUAGGUGUGGAAGUAGGAUUCGUCGAGUCUACCAAUCUGUAGCUGUACUUUGUACACGUAUGUGCGUGCGAGUGUGACUUGUAAAAUUUGUACGUAUAUGUUACGUGUUCAAAACUUGACCUGGUUUGAUA